AUGCCCACUUCCGUCCUAUUACUUAAACCACAGGACUUGGAGUACUUGGAUUUGAUUUGGUCCAUGAACUUUGAAUGGGAGAAUAAUUGGUCCACAUGGAAGACGGGCCAAUUUUCCGAACUACAGACCGCUGAAAUGGAAAAUUUGGCCAACACCGUAUUUCGAAAAUUUGCCAAAUUGGCUCGGGAUCUAAAGGUAAAGUAUAUCUCUAUAUUAUUAUGA